AUGCGCCUGCCCCAGCCUCGCGAGGCCGUCGUUCCGCCUUCUCCACUGCUGACAGUCGCCGCGCACCCUUCCCUGACGGGACCGCAGUUUUGCCUGACAGGCAUGUGCGCAGCCGCCCAGCUACUCCCCCCACGUAUCGUUCGGAUCGCCCCACCUCACCUGAGCCUCUCCACUCGGGACGGCAGAACGGCGAGCGUCGCCGCCCAGGUACUCCAAGUUCCUCCCCGCGGGCGCACUUUUUCCGUCCCCAAUGGCAUCCUCCGUCGCCCAGGCACACCCAGCGGACAUGCCUCCGACAACCAUCCUUUGCCAGACCAACCUAUCCGACAGAGCCGAGAACGCUGUCGCGCCAACACCCCGGCUGGGCACCGCACUCCAGUCGACCACCUCGAAUCGUCCGAGCGUGGUUGCGAAAACAUCGCCUCAGCCGACCACGACGCAGGGUCCGACCGCGGCCGCCCAACCGACCGCAAGACUAAGAAGAAGUUCUCUGCCGUGCUGAAGCGCCGCGGAUCGGGUGUCAAAGGCGAGCCAGGCGUGCUCGAAAAGGUAGUCAACUACGGCUCCGAGCUCAAAGAACGCGCCCGAAGCCGCGUCCGCCGCGGCUCAAACGCCUCUCACCGCCCACCACCACUCCGCUCUCCCCCAGAGACAUGGGAGGAGGCGGUAACCCGCAUCGGCGAGCUCGAGACCUCCGGCAACGAGCACCUCAUCAACCUCGUCCUUACCGAAGAGCGCCUUUCGCGGGUUGAAGCAGAGCGCGACGUUCUCAAGGAACAAGUCGGCAACCUCCUGUCUGCCGAGGAGGAAGUCAAGGUCCUCCGCCUCCAGAUUCCGCGCCUGCGCAACAUUGUCCUCCACGCCCAGAAAGACUCUGCCAAGGCCAACGAAGACGCUCGCCAUGCUGAUGCGGCACGCGAGAGCGAGUCCAACAACAACGCCAGGCGGAUUAUGCAGUUGGAGGGCGAGUUGGAGGACGUGCGUGAGAAAUGGCGCUGGCUCAAGGAACACUGCGAGUUCCGUGAGGUGUACUCUGGUUUCGCGGGGCAGGCGCUGCACGACUAUCGGGCUUGGGAGGCUUUCUGGGCCAAGGAGACCGUUAUUGGGGAGGGGAAGGGAUGGGAGGAGUUUGAUGCGUGGCUUCGUUUUCAAGAGGAGCAGGAGGAUCAUGUUCAAGCAGCGCUCAAGGACGCGCUCGAGACUCAUCGGGCCACCUGGGAACGCGAGAUGGUGGAUGAGCGGGCGACCUUUGCCGCCGAAGAGGCCAAGUGGGAAACGCAGAAGGAGUCCUUGGUCACCAAUGACGCCAAGAUCCGCAUACAGAUUGCCGACCAGAUGUACGCUCAGAUCCAGAAGGACGCCGCUAUGCAAGUCCAGAUCGACAACCUUACGGGAUAUCUCCGGACGAGCGAGGCCGAGCAGAAGCGACUGCACGCCGACCUUCUCACCGCCCAGGAGACCGAGGGCCGCCUGCGUUCUCGUCUUGAAAGUGACGACAGCCGCUCCCGCGCAUACCUCGACACGGCCAGGGAGACCGAGAAACGUCUACGCGACCGCCUCGAGGUUUCCGAGGAGGUCAUUGCGGGAUACGAGGCCCGGCUUGAGGCCAUGACACCCGAGCUCGAGCUCGAGAAGAAGAAACACGCCGACUACCGCCGCGCCGCGGCGGGAUUGCAGCGCGAGAACGACAAGCUUCGGGAGGAGGUGAAGCGGUUUAAUGUCGCCCGCAAGGUGGAGAGCGAGGACGAGUUCCACGACACCCUGGAGAGCAUCCCGCCGCAUGCUUUGUAG